AUGGCAGGCAAACCGCCCCAAGCAGUCCCUGGUUUUUCUGACAUCACGCCUAUGGAACAUGCAUAUACUCAGGCCUCACUCUCCACGUCAGAAGAUCUAGUGCACCCUUAUGGGUUUGCUUAUGGUCUUGGUGCCUAUACUAAUUUGCCUAACAUCACUGAAACCUCCACAAGUCGUCCUCUGAGGGUGCAAAUCAGGACUGAUAUUCAGGGCAUCACAAUAGUGCCACCCGUUUAUACGUUCUCGCAGCCUAAUCCUACAGUUAUGACAACUACUUUUAAUUCUCUUAUUGACAUUGAGAGACCUGUGAAAAAUGCUGAACAUGAGGACAUGGCUAGAAAAAUGAAAAGCCUGGAACAAGCUAUGAAGAACUUACAAGGAUUGGGAGGUUAUAAAAGUGUCUCGUUCAGAGAUUUGUGCAUGUUUCCCGACGUUCAUCUAUCCCUCGGAUUCAAGUCUCCGAAAUUUGAGAAGUGCGAUGGUCAUGGUGAUCCCGUAGCACAUUUGAAGAAGUAUUGUAAUCAACUAAGAGGAGCAGGGGGUAAGCAAGAAUUGCUUAUGGCUAAUUUUGGUGAGUGUUUUACAGGGUUAGCCUUAGAAUGGUUCAUUGACCAAGACAUCACUAAGUGGCAUAUUUGGGACGACAUGGCUCAAGAGUUUGUGCAGCAAUUUCAAUACAAUAAAGACUUAGUCCCUGACGCUGGCUUUAGUGACAUAACAUGCAUGCGGAAUUUUUGGUCAGAUUUUAAAACCUGGUCUAGUCAGGGAACAAAUGCACUGAAAAUUGUGAAGAAGAACAUUUGA